AUAUAUCCCUCGUCUCUAGCUAUACACUUUGGUUUCAUUGACUAGUCGUUAAAACCCCCUCACUCUUAAAUUCACAUAAUACUCCAUUUCAUCAUCAGUUACCGUUUCACUUUCUCCUCCUUCAAGACUUGUUCUUCCUUUAAUUUCUCUCUUCUCUCUCUCUCUCUUUCCAUUUUUUCACAAUCACCCCUUUUAACUUUUUUCUCAAGAUUAUCAUAUAUAUCAUCACCCUUUUUCUUCUUCCUCACUCUCCAUGUUCAAAAAAUGGAAGGAAAAACUUCACAAAAAAUCAAGAAGUGUGUAGUCCACAGGACUGUCACUAGUACUAAACAUGAUCACAACAAGUUGACUACUCCUAAUAUGCCUAAAGUUGUUCGGAUUUGUUACACUGAUUGUGAUGCUACUGAUUCUUCAAGUGAUGAUGAUGAUGAUCAAGAGAGAAAUCGAGUAAAAAAAUAUGUUACAGAGAUUAGAUAUGACAAAAAAGUGUCUUGUGAUGUGAAGAAAUCGUCUAAUUUGAGUAAGAAGAAAAAGAAGAUGAUGAUUUUGAAGAAAGACGAAAAUGUUAAGAAAUAUCGCGGUGUUAGGCAAAGGCCAUGGGGAAAAUGGGCUGCAGAGAUUCGAGAUCCGGUUACAAAGACUCGAAUUUGGUUAGGUACUUUUGAAACCGCUGAAGAUGCUGCUUUGGGUUAUGAUCGAGCUGCUAUUCAAAUACGUGGGCCCGAUGCUUUGACUAAUAUUAUUAAGCCGCCCUUGAAAAAAGAGAGUAUUGUUACUUCAGUUUCGGACUAUGAUUCACCAGCGGAAUCUGAAAACCUCAGUUCUCCUACCUCUGUUUUGAGGCACGAUAAUAAUAAUAAUAAUAAUAUUGGUGUUGGUGGUGCUAAUAUUGUUAAGGAAGAAAUGAAGGAUGAUAGGAAAAGAGUGGAAUUUGUUAUGCAAAAUGAUGAAAAUGGGAUUUUCUUAGAUGAUAAUUUGCCAUUAAUGGAUCAGUGUUUCCUUAAGGAUUUCUUUGAUUUUCGGUCUCCUUCUCCGUUAAUGGAUGAUUUAUUAUUGCCAGUAUUUUGUGAUGAAAUGGACUUAUUACCAGAAGUGAACUUUUAUGGAAAUGAAGAUUUGGAUGAAGAUUUGGAGUCAUGUACGUGGGAUGUGAAUGAUUUCUUGGAAGACUUUUGCUAAUUGCCAUGGAGAAUUAUGGAAGUGGGAAUAGAAAGUAAAUAUAUUAAGUAUUUUUUUUCCUUUCGGGUGAGUAAUUAGAAUAUUUUUGAAGCUUUCUUUGCUUUUAUUUCCAAGAACAUGUAAGGAAAGUUUUUAGUGGAAAUUCUUGGUGCAUAACUAUGAUUUGGUUCAAGUACUAUGUUUUUUUUUCGUCUUCGUCAAUUGUGUAAAGUAAUUUGAUGUUUAGUCUUCGUCAAUCGUGUCAAAGGAGUGAGUCCGUGCAAGUAUGCUAAGUUAUUGAGUGGUAUUUUUAUAUGUUACUUUAUUUAUAAAAGUUUUUUGUUUGUUUCUA